CCCGCUGCGGGGACCGCCCGCGCCGGCAGAGGCGGCUCCGCUCGCCGCCGUGACGCCAACGACGCUGGAACACCUGGAGGGGCGGCGGCGGCGCCUCCGGCUCGGCCCUCCCCUCCCCUCCGCCGCGGGCAAGUGUUUGAAGAAAACAAGAACCAUGGAAGGUCAGAAGUACAAUUAUCCAAGGGAGUUUUAUGACCAAUAUGCUCAAAGCCAAGAAAAAUCCGUGGUCAAUAAAAUGCAACAGAAAUACUGGAAGACAAAGCAAACCCUUAUAAAAGUUACAGGAAAAAAGGAAGAUGAGCAUGUUGUGGCUUCAGAUGCAGAUCUGGAUGCAAAACUAGAGCUGUUCCAUUCUAUUCAGAGAACAUGUAUGGAGUUGCUGAAAGCAAUUGAACUGUAUCAGAAAAGGAUUUGUUUUCUGUCUCAGGAAGAAAAUGAAUUGGGGAAAUUUCUUCGAUCGCAAGGUUCUCAGGAUAAAACAAGAGCAGGAAAAAUGAUGCAAGCCACAGGAAAGGCCCUCUGCUUUUCUUCCCAGCAAAGGUUAGCACUACGUACUCCUUUGAGUAGAUUAUAUCAAGAAGUGGAGACUUUCAGAUAUAGGGCCAUCUCAGACACAUGGCUGACAGUAAACCGAAUGGAACAGUAUCGGACUGAAUACAGAGGAGCUCUACUCUGGAUGAAAGAUGUGUCUCAGGAGCUGGAUCCAGAUCUUUAUAAGCAGAUGGAAAAGUUCAGGAAGGUUCAAGCUCAAGUGCGACACGCAAAACUCAACUUUGACAAACUGAAGACUGAUGUCUGUCAAAAAGUGGAUCUUUUGGGAGCGAGCAGAUGCAACCUACUUUCUCAUGUGUUAACAACCUAUCAGACAACCCUUCUUCAUUUUUGGGAGAAAACUUCACACACGAUGGCAGCCAUCCAUGAAAGUUUCAAAGGUUAUCAGCCAUAUGAAUUCACUAUGUUAAAGAGCUUACAAGAUCCUGUGAAUAAACUAACAGAAAAAGCAGAAAAGGAGGACCUGCAGAUUGAAAGCACCAAAUCAGUACAAGAUCAGCAGAGUCAGUUGAUAUCAUUAGAUGAGGAAAGCCAUACCAAGGAGUCAAACUAUUCAGCUGACAAUGGCAAGGAUGUCAUAUCCACGUUACAAGGAAAUUGUAACCACAAGCAGAACUCAGGUGCCAUAGAUGACUUAUUAGACCUGCAGCCUCAAGAAAAUGCUUCAAAGGUUCAGUUUGUGAAGUCCUUGGAGUCAGAACCUGGUGACAAGGAUGACAUGGUAUUACUGAAUGAGAUCCUCAACGCUUCCUCCCUGGAUGAGGGGGAAUUCAGCAAAGAGUGGACAGCUGUUUUUGGACAGGCUGCACUUGCUGAUCUCUCUGUGAACUCUUCAGCUGGAGAUGUGGAGAACGCUUCGUCUUCUGGGGCACCAACACCAUCAGGCUACUUGCCCUCACAACUGUUAGACCAAAACAUGAAUGACUUGCAAUCAUCUUUGCAUGGAUGGGCAGUUAACAGUGUGAGCCCGCCAUCUAUACCACAGCCAGCACAGAAACCGAACAGCCUGAAUGUGAAUGCUAACAAGACGCCUGUGAAAGAACCUACAAAGAAUCCUAAAGACUUGACUGCCUGGUUCAGUCUCUUUGCUGACCUUGACCCGUUAUCCAAUCCUGAUGCUGUUGGGAAAACUGAUAAAGAACAUGAAUUGCUUAAUGCAUGAGUCAGCUGACUAUGGUAACUCCGUUCAUCAACAUUAUUUUGGGGUUUAAAAACCUAAAUGAAAAUUAGUAUGCUGUUGUGAAACUAUAAAGUAUGUGCCAUGAUAAUAAAAUCCAAGGGUAUUAAUCCCCUUUUAUAUGGG